AAUCGGUAUAUAUAGGUGCUAUGUUUUCGGUUCACGCGAUGAUCGGGAUUUUUAUUCUGAAGCAGAGGCCGAAGGUCGCAGUUGACGAUGGCUGUUCCUGAAAAGGAUCCAAGAGAGGAAGUGAUUCAGGCAUGGUAUAUGGAUUAUACUGACGAAGACCAGAGGCUUCCCCAUCACCUUGAGCCCAAGCAGUUUCUGUCCCUGCAACAACUGGACGAACUUGGAGUUCUGAGCUGGAGACUAGACGCAGACAUAUAUGAAACAGAUGAGGAAUUGAUGAAGAUACGUCGUGAUCGUAAUUACUCCUACAUGGACUUUUGUGAGGUCUGUCCAGAAAAGCUUCCUAAUUAUGAAGAGAAGAUUAAAAGCUUUUAUGAGGAACACCUUCACACCGAUGAGGAGAUCCGUUAUUGUGUAUCUGGGAGUGGUUAUUUUGAUGUUAGGGAUCUGAAUGACAAAUGGAUUCGCGUUUGGGUAAAGAAGGGAGCGAUGAUCGUGUUACCUGCUGGAAUUUAUCAUCGAUUUACUCUUGAUUCUGGCAAUUACAUCAAGGCUAUGCGACUCUUUGUUGGUGAUCCUGUGUGGACUCCUCACAACCGUCCCAACGAUCAUCUUCCCGCAAGGAAGGAGUAUCUGAAAAGUUUUGUGGAGAAGGAAGCUGGUAAGCAAGCCGUUGAUGCUGCAGCAUGAACUCUGAAAAGUUAUUAUCUGUAUGGUUUGGUAUGCAUAUUCGUUUUCUUGGAGAUGUCUGUGGCUAUUAGAAAAAAUGAACGUCCAAUGGUAUAGUAUUGUUCGCUUUGAGAAUAGACUCUUAUAGCUU